AUGGCUGGAGCUCAGGGAGGGCUCUCGGGAUCCUUCCUCGAGCCCCGAGUUCGGCCAAGCCCGGACUCCGACUCGGACUCCGACUCUGAGGACCCGGCCGCAGGCAGCGCAGGAGCUGGCGCCGGCCUGCAGAACCCUUCUCAGGUCAUUCAUAGCGGCCACUUCAUGGUGUCGUCUCCGCACAGCGACUCGCUACCUCGGCGGCGUCACCACCGCACUGAGCCCAAACCUGCUGAUCCCCGGAGCAUCGACCCGACCCUGACCCGGCUCUUCGAGUGCAUGAGCCUGGAGUACAGUGGGAAGCUGGUGUCUCCAAAGUGGAAGAAUUUCAAGGGGCUGCGGCUGCUUUGCCGGGAUAAAAUCCGUCUCAACAAUGCUAUCUGGAGAGCGUGGUACAUCCAGUAUGUGGAACGGAGGAAGAAUCCCAUAUGCGGCUUUGUCACUCCCCUGGAGGGAUCAGAGGCCGAUGAACACCGAAAACCAGAGGCUGUCGUCCUUGAGGGAAACUACUGGAAGCGCCGCAUCGAGGUGGUGAUGAGGGAGUACCACAAAUGGAGGAUAUACUACAAGAAGCGGCUCCGAAAGUCCAGCCGGGAGGGUGAGCUCUCCAGCCCAAAGCGGGAUGAGGAUGUCUGGAGGCCAACAGAAAAAUGGUGCAACCAGCUAUUCUGCAAUGUGGUGCCCAUGCUGCUUGGGGAUGAGGAAGAGGACCCCGGGGGUAGGCAGCACUUUGACUUGGACAGCUUCCUCUCAGACAUCUCUGACACCCUCUUCACCAUGACACAGACGCCUAGUGCCCACCAGGAGCUCCCAGAGGAUGCUUACACUGGGAAUGCUGAUAUGAUCCAUCCAGACUUGGCCCCUCUGCAGCCCAGCCUGGACGAUAUCAUGGAGAUCUCAGAUAUUUUCACUAGCCACCGGCCCCUGCCUUCGCAGACGCAGCUGGGCUACCAGGAGCCCCCCUGCUUCGCGCCCAUGGCCGAGCCCCCCUCGCACGCGGCCUCUCCACUCACCGCGCCGUGCUUUGCUCAGCAUGCCCCGGGCAUUGGCUACACCAUGGACCUGAUGCCUCCGGGAUACCCAGGCCUGGCUGGCGCCCAGCACCUGCCCCACAUGGUGCUGGGCAGCCCCAGGUUUGAAGUGGCCAAGGAGCUGGCCCAGAGCGGGGGCGGCCGGCCAAAGGCAAAGCCCAGCAGCAGCAGCAAGGCCAAAAGAGCCCAGGGACCCCCGAUGCCACCGCACCUGGCUGUGCCCAACCCCUGCCUGACCCAGCUGCUGACCACAGCCAAACAGGAGUCAACCCUGGAUGCCCCCCGCGCGCACGGCGCUGGGCUCGUGCCCACAUCGCCUGCCUCCCCGCACAGCGGUGUCUCCGAUGUCCCUUCAGCCUUCCUGCCCAGAAUGGCCCAGCUGAGCCCGGGACUUGCGGCUGGCUCCAGCGCUUCCCAAGCCCUGCUGGGCCCGCCAGAACUGCUGCUGGUGCCCAAAGUGGAGCAACUUUCCCCCACGCUGGCCUGUGGCAGCGACUGGUCCAAGCCCGGCCAGGCCUCUCCAGGACCCACCAGUGGACUGAGCCCCGGCAGGUCCCUGCCCCACGCCGCUGCGCGCCGGGGCAGGCCGGAGUCCAGCAAGGUGAGCAAGGCCACCACCUUGCAGAAGACAGCAGAAUACAUCUGCAAGCUGCAGCAGGAGCGGGCAGCCCUGCAGGACGAGGCGCAGCGGCUGCGGGAGCAGAUCGAGGAGCUCAACGGCUCCAUCAACCUGUGCCAGGAGCAGCUGCCCGCCACCGGGGUGCCCAUCACGCGGCAGCGCUUUGACCAGAUGCGCAGCAGGUUCGACGAGUACGUGCGCUCCUGCACGCUGCAGAACUGGAAGUUCUGGAUCUUUAGUAUCAUCAUUCGGCCUCUCUUCGAGUCUUUCAACGGCAUGGUCUCCACGGCCAGCAUGGAGAGCCUCACUCAAACGUCACUCGCAUGGCUGGACCAGCACUGUUCCCUGCCGGCUCUUCGGCCCACUGUACUGAGCCCUCUCCCAGCUCUGGGCACCCGCACCUGGCACCACCUGCCACCCUGCAGUGCCCCUGUGUCUGCCGGCUCCAGCCUCGGCUUCUGGCGCCCUGCAGAUGUGCAGACGGAGCAGGGGGAGUCGCUGCCCGCUGCUCUCCUGGGCAGAGAUCUCCGGUGCAGCCCGCAGGCCGCCUCUCGCUGGCGUUACUGGUCCUGGUGUUUCCCAAGCUACCCCAUCGCCUAA